GCGGAUCAAGCUCAGACAACAAACAAAAGAGCGAAGCUAGCGGAGCAGCUGCGUCCUAACGUCACUUCUCUCCCUGCGCACCGCGGCGACACGCGUCUCCUCCUCGCACCUCCUUCUCUCGCACCUCCUCCCCGGCUCCGGGGCCGCAGACCGUCUCCGCCCGGUGCCAGCUAGCGUCCGCCUGAGCCGUGUCGGCGAUCGCUCUGCCCGUGCUGGCCAAGCUCAUCGCGUUAGCCAGGUUAGCUACUCGGCUAACUAGCUCUGGCUGCCCCUCUACGACGAGCGAAGCCAGUUAGCUUAGCCUGCUAGCUAGCUUAGCUACACCCCCCCUCCUCCUCCUCCUUAACAAACUUGACAGUGACUGACACGAGUGGCUUCUUUCUACUGACACUCGUGUCGUCGCCAUGUCUGGACAGUCGUCGGGCUGUGGCUUCCUCAUGUCGGUUGUCGUCCACGGAGACGCGGCUCUGAACGAGCAGGAAAAGGAGCUCAACCAGCGACUCCGACGGCUCUACCCCGCCGUCAACGAGACCGAGACCCCGCUGCCUCGCUCCUGGAGCCCGAAGGACAAGUUCAGCUACAUCGGUCUCUCCCAGAACAACCUACGGGUGCACUACAAAGGUCAUGGCAAAACUCCUAAAGAUGCAGCGUCUGUACGCGCCACUCAUCCCAUCCCAGCCGCCUGCGGGGUCUACUACUUCGAGGUGAAGAUCAUCAGUAAAGGCCGAGAUGGGUACAUGGGCAUCGGCCUCUCAGCUCAGGGUGUGAACAUGAACAGACUGCCCGGUUGGGACAAGCACUCGUAUGGCUACCACGGAGAUGAUGGACACUCCUUCUGCUCGUCCGGCACUGGUCAACCUUACGGACCCACGUUUACAACAGGCGACGUGAUUGGCUGCUGCGUUAACCUCAUCAACAACACGUGCUUCUACACAAAGAACGGCCACAGCCUAGGUAUUGCCUUCACAGACCUACCACCAAACUUGUACCCGACCGUGGGCCUUCAGACUCCAGGGGAGGUGGUUGAUGCAAACUUCGGCCAACACCCCUUUGUGUUCGACAUCGAGGACUACAUGCGAGAGUGGAGGACGAAGAUCCAGGCCCAGAUCGACCGCUUCCCCAUCGGGGAGCGCGAGGGCGAGUGGCAGUCCAUGAUCCAGAAGAUGGUGGCUUCCUACCUGGUGCACCACAGCUAUUGUGCCACAGCUGAAGCCUUUGCCAAAUCCACCGACCAGGCCGUACACGAGGAGCUGGCCUCCAUCAAAAAUCGACAGAAAAUCCAGAAGCUGGUGUUGUCCGGUAGAAUGGGCGAAGCCAUCGAGACCACCCAGCAGCUCUAUCCCAACCUCCUGGAGAGGAACCCAGACCUGCUCUUCAUGCUCAAGGUGAGACAGUUCAUCGAGAUGGUGAAUGGGACGGACAGUGAGGUGAGGUGUCUGGGAGGUCGCAGCCCGAAGUCUCAGGACAGUUACCCCGGCUCCCCAAGACCCUUCAGCAGCCCGAGCCACAAAGCCAGCAGCUCCCAGCCGCACCUCACAGGGUUUGACAGCAACUGCUGUAAUGGCGUGACGUCUAGUAAGAGCCACAGCUCCUCACCUCACAGUCAUAAGCCCUGCCCCCCGAGCACUGGCUCCACCCCUCCGGCGGCCGAUGUCAGCCUCAACGGGAGCCGCAGUCAACCGCCCGUCACCAGCAAUGACAUCGACAUGGAGGUCGACCACUUCACCAACGGAGUGACAGAAUCCUCCUCCAACGGUUUCCUCAACGGCAGCUCUAAACACACCGCGGAGCCGGACGACUGUGACGCAGACAUGGAAGUGGAAUCUGCUCAGUCCAAGCGGCAGCUGUGCGGGGGGAGCCAGGCAGCCAUCGAGAGAAUGAUCCAUUUCGGCAGGGAGCUCCAGAGCAUGAGCGAACACCUCCGCCGUGAGUGUGGCAAGAACUCCACUAACAAGAAGAUGCUGAAGGAUGCGUUCAGCCUCCUCGCCUACUCCGACCCGUGGAACAGUCCAGUCGGCUACCAGCUGGACGCCAUUCAGAGAGAGCCGGUCUGCUCCACCCUCAACAGUGCAAUAUUAGAGACUCACAACCUGCCCAAGCAGCCGCCUCUGGCCCAGGCCGUGGGUCAGGCAGCCCAGUGCCUCACCAUCAUGGCACGGACUGGCAGUGGCUCCUGCGCCUUCGCCGCAGUGGACGAUUACUUGCAUUAGCCUAGUGCAUACGAGCGCACACACAAACACACAAACACACACGCUCUGAGGACCUGUCCAGAAAGGUCUCCCUCCACCUGUAGUCAUAUAUUAGCUGAGGAGACGCUCCUCCGCACGAUAACAAGUAGAUGAACAUCAACUACGUCACCGGCUUCUUGUUCUGCCUUUACCAGUCGCCAUUGAGGACCAGUGGAAACUUCUGGGCAGAUCCUCCCAACACACACACCACAUUCAAACCACACACACACACUAUAUCUCUUUCCAUCGUUAAUAUGAAAUUACUCCUCCACCUUGGUUGGCCUUGCUAAGCCCCGCCUCCAGCCCUGCAUCUACACAGGGACAAGAGAAGCCAACUUGAAAAUAUCCGACGAGCCAAACUCGUGCAGAUGCCCUGCCCCCACCCACCAGGGGGCAGCAGACCGGGGCAGACAGACUCCCGGUCAAAAGUAAAUGGAAAAAAACAAAAGAACAAAUACAGAAAAUCAGGCGAGUGACCGUCAUGGCCGACCGCCCUCUAGCGUGGUCCCAGUAAGAAGGACUCACCAGGUCAGGACACACACACACACACACGCAAACAGACUCCACAGAGGCUCUCUGGGAGCUGGAGCUAUAGCCCCCCCCCCCCAGGCUCUGUGACAGACAGCCCACCCCCUCCCUUCACCCCCUCACCUCCCUCCACCUCCCACUGACUUCAGGACACGGGUCAGACAUUUAUGUGGCGCAUAUGGACUCGGGGACUUGGAAGAAGCCAGAGAGAGAAACCGCCUCGACUCGUGUUCCCUGUUUUUAAUCUUCUGUUGUUCUUUUGGGGGGGGGGGGGGCUGAGGAGGUGUAGUUACCUGGCUCUUGUGUUGUUUUGAGUUUUCCCAGGUUUACAAGGCACCGUGCAGACGAUGAUGAGUGUCAUUAUCAUUAUUAUAAUUAUCAUUAUAUUAAUUAUUGUUACUUGCAUUCACAGUAUAUUUGUUGAGCGCCAGCAAGAGCAAACUCCCCCGACCUCUUACAAUAAAGCCCCCGCUUCCACGAUGACCAGUGACCAGCGUGUGUACAUGCUAACGUUUAUAUACGACUCUAACAAAAUGGAGUUCUAUCUAUAGAGUGAGAUAUUUAGUUAUCAAAUGAAAGGAACUUUUUCCAGUAAAGAACUUUGUGCUGACAUCAGUGAGCCCUAUGGCCUGCUGGUUUUCAUGUUUCCCAUUCUCCGGCCUCCAGGGUUCCUCUGCAGGUGGGAACAUGUAACCUUUGACCUUCUCCAGGUCUGUCAAACGUUGGAAAGUAGACUUUCUCAGAAGAGUUUUAGAUCUUUACCUUCAGCUGUGGUGGUGGUGCUUGCUGCGACGUGAUCUCUCUUACUACAGCUUUGCUAAAUGUGUCUGAAAGAUUCCUCGAACAACUCUGGACAAAGUCUGGAUCAUUGGAAAUGGAAACCUCGUGUAGGAACCCUGUGACCCUCUGACCCCUUGUUGCCUCCGGCUGCCCAGCAGGCGAGAUUCAAACAUUGUUCAUCUUUAUUUUCUUAUCAGUGUCUACGCUAAUUUUUAACCCACAAAGAACUCGGGAGCCACAAUGUCCCUUUGUUCCUCCUCCUCUGUUUAGAAGGAUGAGCUCCUGACUGGAGAAGCCCUGGUCCUGUUGUGUCACAGACUGAACGUUGAUAAACCAGGUCUUUGGUUUGUCCUCAGUCCCUUCCAACCAUAGACCGCCAAUAAAGACGCUUCUCCACUUUCUCCCACCUGUCUGGAAAUGAAGAUAAAAUACAUCCAGGACAUGAAGCCUGUGCAGGAGCGAUGGUGGAGCUGAUCCUCCCGUCUCCAGUUUCAUUCACGUACAGAGGUUGAUUCCGGGUUCUGCACAGGGACAUUAAAAACAACACACAGACGGAGUUCAAGGAGAAAUUAACAAUUUGAAGGAGUGAAAAACAUAAUGCGAUGGACGGUGCUGUGUUGAGAGCACGAGUCAGUUGGUCCCAGUGCAUCAUGAAAUACUGAGUUUAAACCAAACUUAUCAGAAACAUGAAGGACGACCUGAAAUGUCAGAAACACUUUCAAAAACAUUUAUUUAAAUUCUUUUUUUUUUUUGUGUGAAAAACGCGUCCCACCAGUUGAAAUUGGAUUAAAACCGACAACCUUCUCUCUGUGACACAACAGCAGUAAACGCUCAGCCACCGUGCCGUGCUUGGUUGAAGCAGAAGUAUGUUCAAUCUAUCCUGAGCCAAAUUCACGUGUCUCCAACCGACCUUCACUUCCCCCCCCCCCCUUCAGUAUCAUCAACUGCACUGCGGCCAGCACGCUUUCAAAAGAAAGAACCAACCUCUUUAGGAAGUCGACUUCUCAGCUGGAUGUUUGUGUUGCAGGGAAACUCGUUUUCUUUUUCUUCCCCGAGUCGCAAGCAGUCCCACCAUCGUUUAGAAACUUUCUUAGACAAAGUGUCUGUUGUCUCUUUCUGAGUAAGGUCUGAAACCUAUGCAUGCCAUAGUAAAGUGGUGGUAAGAUCAAGUUAGAUGUCUCUUUAUUUUAUUCUUUUUGUUUCUCCUUCUUUUAGCCAGUUCACAGUGAACACGGAAGAUGUCAAGUUGUCCACUGCUGACUGUGCGUCCAUUUGGAGAAAGAAAUGUGCAAUUUGUGUGAGGGUGAAAAGAUUUAUAUUAAAAAUGACAAAUGAUGACA